CCCGUGGCCGGCUCUCCCUCCGCAGACGGAAGCCGGGCAGGGACGAGGGAGCCGGGAAAGCUGGAGCGGCAGGAUGGGGGACUCCAAAGUGAAGGUGGCGGUGCGCGUCCGCCCCAUGAACCGGCGAGAGCUUGAUCUGCAUACAAAAUGUGUGGUGGAUGUGGAUGCAAACAAGGUUAUUCUUCAUCCUGUAAACACCAACCUUUCAAAAGGAGAUGCCAGUAGGAGCCACCCAAAGGUGUUCGCUUACGAUCACUGCUUUUGGUCUAUGGAUGAAUCUGUCAAAGAAAAAUAUGCAGGUCAAGAUGUUGUUUUCAAGUGCCUUGGGGAGAAUAUUCUUCAGAAUGCCUUUGAAGGCUACAACGCUUGUAUCUUUGCCUACGGGCAAACGGGAUCUGGAAAAUCUUACACAAUGAUGGGGACUGCUGACCAGCCUGGACUAAUCCCUAAACUUUGCAGUGGACUCUUUGAAAGAGCACAGAAAGAGGAAAAUGAAGAGCAGAGUUUCAAAGUGGAAGUAUCCUACAUGGAGAUAUACAAUGAGAAAGUCAGAGAUCUCCUUGACCCAAAGGGAAGCCGUCAGUCAUUAAAGGUUAGAGAACACAGUGUUUAUGGCCCUUACGUAGAUGGCCUAUCCAAACUAGCUGUUGCUAGCUACAAGGACAUCGAGUCCUUGAUGUCUGAGGGCAACAAAUCCCGCACAGUGGCUGCAACCAACAUGAACGAGGAGAGCAGUCGGUCCCACGCAGUGUUCAAGAUUAUCCUCACCCACACGCUCUAUGACGUACAAUCAGGGACAUCAGGUGAGAAGGUGGGCAAGCUGAGCCUGGUGGACUUAGCAGGGAGUGAAAGGGCAACUAAGACUGGUGCUGCAGGGGACAGGCUGAAAGAAGGAAGCAACAUUAACAAAUCCCUCACAACUCUUGGGUUGGUUAUUUCUGCCCUGGCAGAUCAGGCUGCUGGCAAGAACAAGAACAAAUUUGUUCCGUAUCGUGAUUCUGUGCUCACUUGGUUACUUAAAGACAGCCUCGGCGGGAACAGCAAGACUGCCAUGGUGGCAACCGUGAGCCCGGCAGCAGAUAACUACGACGAGACCCUUUCCACCCUGAGGUACGCGGACAGGGCCAAGAACAUCGUCAACCACGCCGUGGUCAACGAGGACCCCAACGCUCGCAUCAUCCGGGAGCUCCGCGAGGAGGUGGAGAAGCUGCGGGAGCAGCUCACGAAAGCCGAGGCUAUGAAAUCGCCCGAAUUAAAAGAACGAUUGGAGGAAUCCGAGAAGUUGAUUCAGGAAAUGACUGUGACCUGGGAAGAAAAAUUACGAAAAACCGAGGAGAUAGCUCAGGAGCGUCAGAAGCAGCUGGAAAGCCUUGGCAUAUCCCUUCAGUCUUCUGGAAUAAAAGUUGGGGAUAAUAAGUGCUUCCUGGUUAAUUUGAAUGCAGAUCCAGCUCUCAAUGAACUUCUGGUGUACUAUUUAAAGGAGCACACGUUAAUAGGCUCAGACAACUCCCAGGAUAUCCAGCUAUGUGGAAUGGGAAUUCUUCCUGAGCACUGCAUCAUAGACAUCACCCCGGAAGGCCAGGUUAUGUUAACCCCUCAAAAAAAUACCAGGACAUUUGUAAAUGGUUCUGCUGUCGUGUGUCCGAUCCAGCUCCAUCAUGGAGACAGAAUCCUGUGGGGAAACAACCACUUCUUCAGGCUGAAUUUGCCGAAGAAGAAAAAGAAGGCGGACCACGAGGAUGAGGAGCGGGACAACUCCAUGAAGUGCAGUAACAGUGUGGAGCAGCUGGAUGUAGAUGGAGACAAUUCCAGUGAAGUGUCCAGCGAGAUUAACUUCAGCUAUGAAUAUGCCCAGAUGGAAGUCACGAUGAAAGCCCUGGGUAGUAAUGAUCCCAUGCAGUCCAUCCUGCAGAGCCUGGAGCAGCAGCACGAGGAGGAGAAGAGAUCUGCUCUGGAGAGGCAGAGGCUGAUGUACGAGCACGAGCUGGAGCAGCUGCGGAGGCGGCUGUCGCCGGAGAAGCAGCAUUUCCGCAGCAUGGAGCGCUUCUCCUUCCACUCUCCCAGCGCCCAGCAGCGCCUGAGGCAGUGGGCAGAGGAGAGAGAAGAAAUGUUGACCCACAGCCUGAGGAAGCUGCGAGAGCAGAUUGUUAAAGCCAAUUUGUACGUGAGAGAAGCCAAUUUUAUCGGAGAGGAACUGGACAAGAGGACAGAGUACAAAGUGACCCUCCAGAUCCCAGCUUCAAGCCUUAAUGCCAACAGUAAGAGAGGUGCAAUUCUCAGCGAGCCCGCUAUCCAGGUGAGAAGGAAAGGGAAAGGCAAACAGAUUUGGUCACUGGAAAAGCUGGAGAAUCGACUGGUGGAUAUGAGGGAUCUUUACCAGGAGUGGAAAGACUGUGAGGAAGACAACCCAGUGAUGAGAUCUUACUUCAGGAGAGCUGACCCGUUCUACGACGAGCAGGAGAACCACAGCCUUAUUGGAGUAGCCAAUGUUUUCCUUGAGUGCCUGUUCUAUGAUGUGAAGCUGCAAUAUGCAGUUCCAAUCAUCAAUCAGAAGGGAGAGGUGUCAGGUCGUCUCCACGUUGAAGUUGUUCGGGUGAGUGGAGAGAUCGACGACAGGCUGGUGGGAGGUGAGGACAGUCCUGACUGUUCCAGUGAAAACGAUGUUCAGGAGAGAAAACUUGUCUGCAGGAUUAAAAUACUUCAAGCUACAGGUUUGCCACAGCACCUCUCCAACUUUGUGUUCUGCAAAUACACAUUCUGGGAUCAACUGGAGCCUGUCAGUGUUGCACCUGAGGUGGAUCCUUCCCAGUCCUCCAUCAGCAAGGAGCCACGGUGCAUGGUGGUCUUUGAUCACUGCAAUGAAGUUUCUGUCAACAUUUCUGAAGACUUCAUGGAACACCUCUAUGAUGGUGCUUUGGCCAUUGAGGUUUAUGGGCACAAGCAGAGUGGUGACCGCAAAAAUCCAGCCCUGUGGGAUUUGGGAAUAAUUCAGGCCAAAACACGCAGCCUCCGUGACAGGUGGAGUGAAGUGACCCGCAAAGUAGAACUCUGGGUUCAAAUUCUGGAGCUGAAUGAGAAUGGGGAAUAUUGCCCAGUGGAGGUGACUCCUGCCAAGGAUGUCAGCACAGGAGGCAUCUUCCAGCUCAGGCAGGGACAAUCCCGACGGAUUCAGGUGGAAGUGAAAUCUGUGCAGGAAUCUGGGACCUUGCCGCUGAUGGAGGAGUCAAUAUUGUCUGUUGGCAUUGGCUGUGUUCAAAUAAAACGUGUCAAGUCACAAAAUUAUCAGGAAGAAGAGGAUGAAAUGGACAGUUAUCAGGACAGGGACUUGGAGAGGCUCCGUCGGAAGUGGCUCUGUGCCUUAACGAAGCGUCAGGAAUAUCUGGAUCAGCAACUGCAGAAACUUGUUGGGAAGCCUGAUAAAACAGAAGAUGAUGCAGAUCGGGAGGCUCAGCUCUUGGAGAUGAGGUUGACCCUCACAGAGGAAAGGAAUGCUGUGAUGGUCCCUUCUGCUGGCAGUGGCAUCCCUGGAGCUCCAGCAGAGUGGACUCCUGUGGCUGGUAUGGAAACUCACAUUCCUGUUAUAUUCCUUGAUUUGAAUGCUGAUGACUUCAGUUCCCAAGAUAACCUGGAUGACCCAGAAGCUGGAGGGUGGGAUGCUACUCUUGUUGCAGAAGAGGAGGAGGAAUUCUUUGAGCUGCAGAUUGUGAAGCAUCAUGACAGUGAGGUGAAAGCAGAAGCCUCCUGGGAUUCCACAGUCCACGACUGUAUCCAGCUCAGCAAGGGAACGGCAGCGGAUGAGAGGGUUUAUCUGAUCGUGAGAGCCACUGUCCAGCUCAGCCACCCUGCAGAGAUGCAGCUGGUGCUGCGCAAGCGCAUCUGUGUCAACGUCUAUGGCAGACAGGGCUUUGCACAGAGUUUCCUCCGAAGGAUGUCUCCCCGAAGUUCCAUUCCUGGCUGCGGUGUCACUUUUGAGAUAGUCUCAAACAUUCCAGAGGAUGCUCAGGGAGCUGAAGAGCGGGAGGCACUGGCCAGGAUGGCAGCAAACGUGGAAGAUGCAGCCUCAGCUGACUCUGAGGCCUAUAUUGAGAAGUACCUGCGCAGCGUCCUGGCCGUGGAGAACAUCCUCACCCUGGACCGGCUGCGCCAGGAAGUUGCUGUGAAAGAGCAGCUAAUGGGAAAAGGAAAACUCUACCGCAGGAGCCUGAGCUCUCCCAACGUGAACAGGCUCUCUGCAAGCCGCCAAGAUUUAGCACCCCCUUACAACCUGAGCAGUAACCGGAGUCCAAAGGUCCCAGCAGAGGGUCGAUGGGAGAGUCAGCAAGAUGUGUCCCAAGGUGCCACAAGCUCCAGUAGAGGCAUUAGUCCAUCUCGUACCUCCCUGCCGGGCUCUGGGCAGCAAAACCACUCUCCUGAUCCAGCAGGUAUUGGUAGCCUGGCUGCUUCCUACCUGAAUCCUGUCAAGUCCUUCGUGCCUCAGAUGCCAAAGCUGCUGAAGUCUCUCUUUCCUGUUAGAGAUGAGAAAAAGGGCAGGCAAACCUCUCCCCUUGCCCAGCAGGCUGUGCCACGAAUUAUGGUUCAGUCAGCCAGUGUGGAUGCCAGUGCUGCCAGGAUAAGACAGAUGAACCAAGAGGAAGUAGGGAAACAGCCAUUCCAAACCACGGUGCAGACGUCUGAGGUGGACAGGAGCCCGGAAAAGACACCCAAAGUGCCUUUGCAGCAGCCCACGGGAGAUUCCCAAGCACAGGACUCCCAGGAGGGGCCUCCAAGCCCUCUGAGUGAAGCCUCCAGUGGGUACUUCUCCCACAGUGUCUCCACAGCCACCCUCUCGGAGGCCCUCGCAGCGGGAAGUGACGCUGGGGCUCAGCCAGGGGGUCAAAGCCCUGCAGGGAGUGACUUCCCGGCUCCCGCGGCGGCCCAGGUCUCCUCUGACAUUCCAGGGCACUCAGACAACGCUUCCGAGAGCUGUCUUGGCACAAAGAGGGAGAGCCCACCCACCUGCAGCCUUCAAAGUGCUCACCCAAGACCCAGAGACGGCCCUGAGGUGAAUGGAAAUGAUUUGAAAUCAAAAUCCUGCACGUCUCCUGGGACUCCGGGCGAGCAGGGUCACGAUGCCUCUGCAGCCACCGAUGCAAAACCCUUUCUCUCUACCUCCACUCCCAAGAAGGAGUCGAUAUCCAAACAGUCAGUGGAGUCAGCAGGACAAGCUAGGAAAAAAGAAGUGGCUUCUGGGGCUGCAGAACUGGGGUUUCCCAAGCCACAGGUUCAUCCCGACCCGUUGUCCCAGCCUGGCACUGCAGCCUCCCCCUUCAAAAUCCAGAAGGUCAAGACAUCGGAGCUGAAGUCCUUCACAAGCAUGUUGGGAUCAGACUCCACGUGUUCCCUCCGCACAGAAGAGCAGCAAGGGGGAGGAAGGAGCACGUCCACUGCCCGUGGACUGAACCACAACGGAUCAGAGGCGGAAGAGGAAAAGCUGGAGGUGAUUUCCGACUCCGAAGACGCCAGUGAAAUUCCCGAGUGGCUGAAGGAGGGAGAAUAUGUCACAGUUGGCACCAACAAGACGGGCAUUGUCAGAUAUGUUGGGCCCACAGACUUCCAGGAGGGAAUGUGGGUUGGUGUCGAACUGGAGUUGCCUUCAGGGAAGAAUGACGGCUCCAUUGGAGGGAAGCAGUACUUCAAGUGCAACCCAGGGUACGGAUUGCUGGUGAAACCAGGCCGAGUCAGAAGGGCCACGGGCCCGACGCGCCGGCGGAGCACCGGGGUGAGGCUGCAGGGAGGAGCCGCCGCCGAGAACAGGCGGAGCGGCAACUUCUCCGGCUCGGCCUCCAACCUGGCCUCCCUCACAGCCCUGGCCAAGGCAGAGGGAGGAUCCACCACCCUGCGGCUGGAGAAGAGCCAGAAGAAUGCGGAGAACAGGAAAUCCUGGGCAAACUGAGGCAACCCAGCCCAGUGGGGCACGGCCGGCGGGGCCGGCGGCUCCGGGAAGAGAAACCGACCCAUCGGAACUCCCAGAGGGUGGCAAACACUAAUGAAGGGUUUCUUCUCUCUGCUUUGGGUGAUUGACACGAUAUAAUUCCUUGCCUUGUCGUGGUGCUGGAUCUCCAUCCUUCGUUUCCUGUUACAAAUCGUGGCGCUCCGGUGGGAGGGGUGGCCGACAGCGGCCGGUGGCGGUGGGUGGGUGUGACCUCCUUCUCUUCCAGCUUCCAGAGGUAAAUCCUUCAGAUCACGGCGUGGCUUCCCAGCAGCUACAAAAUACUCCCCUCGGUGUACAGGGCGAUUCUAAAAAGCCUCCCCAAAACAACGCUUCUUUUCCAGUUCCGUGAGAGCUGCGUCUGUGUGGCGGAAUCCACGGGGAAGGGGCGAAGGUGGGAUGAUUCCAGACAGGCAGGGAAGUGAACAGGGAAAUAAAGAACCCCUAAACCCCCUUCAUUUUAAA